CCCCCCCCCCUUCCAAAAGGAGAAACACGAACAGUGUGAAAUUCCCACGGCAGAGAUGUUGAUCACCUCUUCCAUUAUUGCAAAGGACUACAUUAAACCGUAAAGGAUAUGAAUUCCUCUGACCAUAGGGAACACUCAGAUGGAGAAAUGCUUGAGAUAGAGCGAGAACCCAUUCAAGACAUCAAGACGGAGACAGAUGAAUGUACUAUUAGUGAGACAACUGAAGGACCCCGAAGAUGGUACCUUGGAACUAGUGAGGCCACCAGGAAACGUACUGCCAAGGACAUGGGCUGUGACGCACACAAUUCUGAAUUGCUCCAGUCGACCAGCAGCAAAAGAGUCAGGGUCUCUAGUGAGGCAGGGCGGCACUUUUUGAGGAGAUUGUCUGAAGGGUCCACAAGGCCACAACCCCUCUGCCUGACAUCUGCGGAGAAGGACCCUGACCAGGAGAAGACUAUAGCCUCUUACAGGAAGCCUCUCUACAGCAUCUCUCACAGAAUCACAGAGAAGAAGCACACAUCAAGCCUGGACCAGCAGCCUCAGCAUGAGGGAGGAGUGCAGCUAAGCUACAGCAAUCUCAUUUCCCCUCAACUGGUCAAUACAGGGGAGCACAGCCGAAGUGAACCCCUCUCUGUCCUGGGGGCAGCAGGGUCCAUGUCUUCAACAGACUCUAAUCUAUACUCCCUCAUUGAGAAGAUGUUUUUCAUCCUCAAUACGCUCAACUCAAGCAUGACCCAACUGCACAGCAAGGUGGAUCUACUUUCCCUGGAGGUCACUCGCAUCAAAAAACAGAUCAAACCCUCAGAGAUGGCAACUGAGUUCCAGCCUCCACCAGAAUACCUGUUGACAAGUGAGGAGCUGAGUCAACUGAUGGAGCAGACAUCAAAUGCUGGCGAGUUGGGUUGUCGACUGCUAGUACAUCUCUUCCCAGAACUUUUUAAAGCCAAGGAGUGCACUCCUGGUUGUAUCGCCAACAAGAGAACGUUGGAUUCCCUACAGCUGCAGCUAAUACGCAACUAUGUGAAGGUGUGUUUUCCUCUGGUAAAGAAUAACAACAUUUGGCAGGAUGAAUGCCUAUUACAGAUUAAUAACUUCUUUAACCGCUUCUGGGCUCAGAAGGAUAUGGAGAGCGGGCCACAGUCAUGUGGGAAACAGACUAUUACAGACUUUGGUUUAAAAGCUGAGCGGAACCAGCCCUGCCAUUUUAUAAAUGAGGAGGGGCAAGAAGUGCACCUCGACUUAGACUCCAAUAGUGACCACACCAACAAUAAAGUAGUGGUGCCAGACCUUGUGUUUGACACUCAGGAGGUUGGAGAGGAUCUUGAUAAGCUCUCCUCCCCAGAAGACUUUAUGUUUCUUGUAAACAGAGUUUUCCCAGAGGUUUUUGAGGAGGGGAAAUUGCCAGAGGGUAGUGUGGGAAAGAUGAUCCUGGACUCAGACAGGAUAGAGAUUAUCCGUAAGUACAUGGAAGCUAAUUUUCCUGACGUCCCGGAGGAUAGUUGGCUGCAUGUGUGUGUGCAGCGCAUAGAAGAUGCCAUAGAGGGUUAUCACAGUAACGGUAAUUGCAGUGAGCCUGAGAACAUGAACGAUGAGAGCUAUGACUCCACAAGCCUCCCUGAUGAUGUCUCUAUCAUCAAGAUCAGUGACAUGUGUGACUACGAGAGACCAGGUCGUAGGUCAAAAAAGUCAUUGCUUGUGCCAGUCGAUUUUGAACAACUUGAGAUCCCCCUACCAGAUUUCAGUGUGCCUCAAGAGUAUCUGCUCUCUAGGGAGCAACUGAGGAACAACUAUGACUGUAGCUUGUCAAUUGGGAACUUUGCCUCUCGCCUCUUGGUACUUACAUUCCCUGAGCUCUUCACCUACGAGAACACACGGAAGCAUUACAACUGUAGUGGCUCUCUCGGGAAGAAACAGCUUGAUCCUGUGCGGGUCAACCUUAUUCGCCACUAUGUACAGCUACUAUAUCCACAGGCCAAGAAUGACAGAGUGUGGACCCUGGAAUUUGUGGGUAAACUGGACGAGCGGUGCAGGCGACGAGACACGGAACAACGGCGGUCGUACCAGCAGCAACCCAAAGUCUAUGCUCCUGAGUUCGAGCAAGGGCCUGUGGACUUUGUGGCUGCUUGCCAAGUGAACCAGCUCAACACAGAGCACUUGGAGGACUUUGAGAUCCCUCCACUACCCCCUGAAAAAAGUAGCAAAGAUUUCUGCAUGAUCCCCCUGGAGGAAUUGACGGUGUCGAUUCCAGACUUCCCAGUGCCUUUGGUCUACUUGCUCUCAGACACGGAGGUGCGAGAGAUUGUCCAGCAGAGCCUUUCAGUGGGAAACUUUGCCGCCCGCCUACUGGUGCGCCUCUUCCCUGAGCUCUUCACUCAGGAGAACCUGCGGCUUCAGUAUAACCACUCAGGCGCCUGCAACAAGAAGCAGCUGGAUCCAGUGCGUCUCAGGCUCAUCCGCCACUAUGUAGAAGCCGUGUACCCAGUUGAGAAGAUGGAGGAGGUCUGGCAUUAUGAAUGUGUGCCAAGCAUAGAUGAGCGAUGCCGGCGGCCCAACCGCAAGAAGUGUGACAUACUAAAGAAGGCCAAGAGAUCAAAUACUGUGUCCUAGUAGCAAAGCUAAAGACAAUUUGUAUUUUUUAUUCUAAAUAUUUGCACAAGGACAGAAGCUGAAUAGCAGAGUGGAGCCUUUACAAGUUGGCCUUAUCCUACAUAGGACAGUGUGCAAAGGCUUUUCAUUAGUACUCAAUGUAUUUGUAAUAUUGAACUACAGUAUUAGACAGUUUAGUUUUUCAUCAUCUGCUUGUGUGAGAUUAUAGACUAUGUAUACAACAAAACAAGUGUCAUAGCUCAUCUAAUUUACCCUGUAUAUAAGAUGUGUAGCCUUAAAAACAAUAACCAUGUAAACAUUACAAAGACAGGUCACAGGCAAAGAUGGAUAAAAAUGGUGAUUGGGACAAAUAAGCAAUGGAAAAAACAGUGGCACCACUGGUCUUUUAUAACAAUGUUAUACCUUCUUAUAGAAGUUUGUAUUAUAAAUAUGUAUUAAAAUCAUGGCAACAGAUCCCA